AUGCCAAAACGAUGCACUGUUUAUACAUUGGACUCUGUAAAUAUAAUAAGGAAGUACAUCAGUUUUUUAGAUUUGCCAUUUAGUUUUGUACUAUCUUCUAAAAGAUAUUUUCUUCGGUGGACGGAAAGUCGGCGCGUGACACGCGCUAUGAAGCAACAUAGAUCUCAAAUGAUCAACAGAUCAAACUGGAUGGUGGACAGUAAAUACAGAAGUGUGGUUCUAAACGAGAGCGGUGACUUAUUUAGAACGAUUGGUGUCAUAGGUUUAGGUUGUUCAAAGUUAAUGGUGGCUGUGAAGAUUGGGCCAGAG